AUGAGUGAAGAUAAAAACGAUGGAAGUAUUAAAGUUUAUGUUAGAAUCCGCCCUGCAUCACAAACUAUACCAGACGAUUCAGCUCUUCAAAUAGAUGAGCUUGAUGAGCAUAAAAUUCGCAUUGGAUCAAAUACAACAACUGCAGCCUUUACAAAAGUCUUUGGAAAAGACACCAAACAGCCACAAGUUUUCGAUUGUAUUGCAAAACCCUUAAUCGACCAUGUUCUUGAAGGAUAUAAUGCUACGUUAUUUGCUUACGGUCAAACAGGUUCUGGUAAAACAUAUACUCUUACAGGAGGAGACUCAUAUGAGGAAAGAGGUAUCAUUCCUCGUAGUGUUGCAUAUCUUUACAAUCAAAUUAAACGUCAAAAUGAAUGGAAUUACACAGUAAGAACUUCAUAUAUCGAAAUUUACAAUACAAGUGUAUUCAACCUUCUUACAGAUGCUCAAAGUAUGGCAGCUCGUGGCGAUAAUAAACUUGAUCAUAUUGAAAUUCUCGAAUCUGGCAGCAAAAUCAUAUUGAAAACACGUGAAGACAGGAAUGAUUCACCACUACGAAUGUGUGAAGACUUCGAAUCCGCAUUACAAACCCUGUUUCUCGGUGAAACAAAUAGACAGAUUGCAGAAACAUACGCUAACGAUGUUUCUUCACGUUCCCAUGUUAUUUUCACCAUGCACAUUUCAUCAUCGAACAUCCAAACAGGCGAAAUCCGCGAAUCCAAAUUAAAUUUUGUCGAUCUUGCAGGUUCCGAAUCUGUCUCUCAAAUUGAGAAAGAAAAACAAGUCACAGAAGCUAAAUUCAUUAAUCUUUCGCUUUACUAUCUCCACAGAGUUAUCCAAGCCUUACAAACAAAGCAAGAAUUUAUUCCUUACAGAUUAUCCGCUCUUACUUUGUAUUUAAAGGAUUCUCUUGGUGGUAACACGAUGACGUCCAUGAUUGCUGCUUGCCAUCCCAAUGGUUCUGACUUUACCCUCAACACUCUUUCGUUUGCCGCACAAGUUAUGUCGAUUAAGAACAACGCAAGAGCAAACAUUUCCAUUGAUCCACAAGUUUUGAUACAAAAGCUCAGACAAGAGAUUGUUCGUUUAAGACAUGAACUCGCUGUUGCACGUGGUGAAGAAGAAGAUAAACCAAUGGAUGACGACGAAAAGAACCAAAUAAUUGAAGGAAUAACUGCUUAUAUACAACAAAAAUCGAAUUUUCCGCAGAUUAAUCCUUCAAGGUUUAAAUUCGCUGUUGAUUACAUUCAUGAGAACUUUGCGAAUACAGAGAUUAAGCAGAUAACAAACAGUGAAGAACCAAAAGCUCAAAAGGCAUCAAUACUUUCAGAUGAUGAAGUUAAAAAGGCAAUUUCAGCUCUUCAAAAGAAAAACAAACAAUAUGAAAAUGAAAUCAAUGUUUUGGUUAAAAUGUUAAAUAACAGAGAAAGUAAAGCAGAUACAUGGACGCAGACAUCAACAGGAAUUAGUGGAAAACUUGCUUAUACGGCAGAACUCGCUCAGAGAGUUGUAAAAGAAAGAAAGCCUGUAGAUAAAAAAGAAGCAUUUCAAAAAUUUUAUGUAAACCACAGAAAAUUCAAAGCAAUUCAAUUGAAUAAAAAAGUUUAUGAAGAAAAAGUUGAAGAAGCCAAGAAGUUGUCAACAACAGGUAAAGAACUUAAAGUUGAUAUAGAGUCUGUCAGAGCACAGUUAAAUAGUGAAGAAGACGAAGAAAAGAGGAAACAAAUUUUGCAAUCAUUAAGUCAGAAAAUGAGUGAAUAUGAAGGUCUCAGGAAGAGAUUGGAAUCAAUUAAAGAUGAGCUUGCUACUAUAGAUGAUAUGAAUAAAGUAAACAAGAAGGAAGUUAAACGAGAUUUCGCUGCAUUUUGGGAAGAACACUAUGGAAAACCAAAUGAAACUAACGAACAAAAAACUGUUUCUACUUCUACAGCAACUCCUGCUCCAGAAGUUAAAACAAGAGUUGGUGAUGAAAAAGCAGAUGCUAUCAUCAAUCAGUUCUUCCAGAAGAAAGAAGAAAUAAUGAGAAGACUUGCUGAAUCUCGUCAAAGUAAAAAUAGAUCAUCUGGAACUAAUACAGAAGGAAAUCAAUGA